AUGGCUGAGAGGCGCUACACACUAGCAACUUUCUUUGAGGAGUCCUACAAAGAGGCUUGGAGACUCUUUCGUGAAGGUGACCGCGAUACCAGCGAGGCUGUCCGUCUCUACACCGAGAUCUCUAGCCGCCAUGACCUCACCUUCAAAGCAAGAUCGGUUGUUGAUGCAUACCUCAACGUAGCCAAAGGAUUGCUGGACGUGGCUCGCCGCGAGCAUGCCGCACAUUUUUGCGCAAAUGCAAGGGGUCGGAACUGGACAUUGGGCGAGGUUUACCAAAUCCAAGUUGAUGAAAGGGACAGACGAAGAGCCGCCAGAGGCGUUAGAUCCCCCGGCCAGGCUAUCCCCAACAGUCAGGAUGUGCCUGGAGUAACCGAUAAUUCCCAGCGAACCGAGCCUCAUUAUACCAAAUCCCUGAACGCUAUAAUUGAGAUGGAUUUUAGCCAGUAUACCAAUUCCCUGGACGCGAUAGUUGAGGUGGAUUCUGAUAACAACAAUCCUCUCCCUGACAUCGUGAGAUCCAACUCUGGGACCGACAGGAAGAAGGGUGGCAAUGAGCCUUGA